AUGUCUGCUUCCGAGCCCAUCGAGCCCAAGGUCGAGGAGACCAAGCCCGAGGAGACUAAGCCCGAGGAGACCAAGCCCGAGGAGACCAAGCCUGCUGAGGCCGAGAAGCCUGUCACAUCUUCGUCCGUCUUCUCCAUGUUCGGCGGUGGUGCUAAGAAGGAGAAGAAGGAGGAGGAGGAGCGCGGUGACAACUCUGGCAGUGCCAAGGCCCAGCGAGAGGCUGCUGAGGCUGCUAAGGGUGACGAGGAGGAGGCUCCCGAGUCCGAGGAUGUCCACUUCGAGCCCGUCAUCAAGCUGACCGAGAAGGUUGACACCAAGACCAACGAGGAGGCCGAGGAGCAGACCUUCAAGAUGCGCGCUAAGCUUUUCAAGUUCGUCAAGGAGAGCAGUGAGUGGAAGGAGCGUGGCACUGGCGACGUUCGUCUGCUCAAGCACAAGGAGAACGGCAAGACUCGACUGGUCAUGCGUCGCGACAAGACUCUCAAGGUCUGCGCCAACCACUACAUCGUCCCCGAGAUGAAGCUCUCCCCCAACGUUGGCUCCGACCGAAGCUGGGUGUGGAACGCUGCCGCCGAUGUCAGCGAGGGUGAGCCCGAGGCUGUUACUCUGGCCAUCCGAUUUGCCAACGCUGAGAACGCCAACAACUUCAAGGACUCCUUCAUGAAGGCCCAGAAGGAGAACGAGGAGAUCUUCAACAAGGCUCAGGAGGCCGAGGCUCCCGCUUCCUAA